AUGGCGACGUUUAGGAGGAAUAGAAGAAUUGACUCGAAACUUACAGAGGAAUUACAUGAGGAAGAACUGCGUGAGGAAGAUGACUGGUCUAUUUCGGGAAUGUGCUUAAUAUCUGACGAAAACUUAUUAGUUGUUUGUGAUCGUCCACAGAAGCGUUUAAAACUGUUUGAUAUAGACAACAACAUAAUUAUUAACCAUGUCACUUUAACAAAACAACCUCGCUCCGUCGCGGCCAUUGCUGGUGAUUGCGUGGCAGUCACGAUUCCAGAAGAAUGCAAAAUAUUUACAUACAAAGUAUGUGACCUUAGAUUAAAUAUGCAUAAAAUGCAUAAUUUCUCCGAACACGGAGAAUGUUAUGACCUUGAUUACAUGGAUGGAUACUUGAUUGUUACGUUCUACCCUGUUGAAAACGGACUUGCAGCACUCAUAUGUAAGUAUGAGGAGGAGGAGGUGUUACAGAUCCAGCAAAGAAUUUCUUCGGACGCGAAUCACACGAUAGGCUAUGUGACAUUUGACAGACCGGCUUAUAGAGUCUGUGUGUAUGGGGAAACGAUACCGGAACUAGCGACCAAACUCGGGGCCACGGAGUUAGUGAGGCUUGUUACAGAAGCAGGGUUGGCCCAAACGCUAUCCGGACAAGGACCUUUCACGGUAUUCGGUCCAACAAACGAGGCUUUUGCGAAGCUACCAAAAGCAGUCAUUGAGCAAUUGGAAAAGAACAAACAGCUUUUAGCGGAAGUGCUAAAGUAUCAUGUGGUGUCAGGAACAGUUUAUUCUUCCCAACUGACCAAUGAAAUGACAGCUGACAGUCUGGUGGAAAUAUCUGCGAGCAGAUAUGCCAAAAUACGUUUCAAUAUUUACAAUGAUGGAAAGCUUAUUACUGCAGAGGGAAGCCCAGUUACGCUGCCUAAUCAGAACGCGUCAAAUGGUGUCAUCCACGUGGUAGACAGAGUGCUGUACCCUUUCCCAUUCACAGACAUUCCAGGACUUGUCACUCAACAAAUAGAGCGAUUUUCAACACUUCUAACAGCUGUGGAGGUGGCAAACCUAGCAAACACCCUGGCUGGUGGCCCCUUCACACUCUUUGCUCCAACAAACGCCGCUUUUGCCAAGAUACCGACUGAUGUAUUGAACAAACUGUUGGCUAACGUAACGGCACUCGCUGACGUUUUGAAAUACCACCUUGUCAGUGGCACGUACUGGAGCGCCAGUCUGUCCAAUGAUAUGAUGCCCAAAACUGUCCAGGGAGAGCCUGUCACCAUUAAAAUUGAAGACUCCAAGGUUAUGGUAAAUGACGCCACAGUCCAAGAAGCCGACGUUCCAGUUACAAAUGGCGUCAUUCACGUUAUAGACACGGUCCUCAUGCCGCCCAUGUUUGACUCGACCAUUUACUAG